CUAAUCUGGAUGCAAUGAGUCUUGAUUGAUUCAUGUGCGGUGUUCUAUGUACAAUAUUUCUUUACAUAAGGCAUGAAACUUUGUAUAGUCAAGGUACAAUUGACACACCUUUGCUUUGCGGAUGAUCUUAUUAUCUUUACUGAUGGUAGUUUAUCCUCUGUGGCUGCCAUUGACUGUGUUCUUAAGGAAUUUUAUGUUGUCUCUGGCCUUAAAGUGAAUUAUUCCAAGUCAGAAAUUUUUACUUGUGGUCUUUCUUUGCUUGCUGUUCAAAAUCUCACUGCUACCUAUGGAUUCAAGGCUGGAAGUUUACCUGUCAGGUACCUAGGUGUACCUCUCAUCACUGGAAGACUAACUGAUAAAGACUUAAAGCCUUUGAUUUCUAAAAUCACGGACAGAAUGAACUCAUGGGCCUCAAAACAUCUGUCGUUUGCUGGUAGAUUGCAGUUAAUUACCUCUAUUAUUCAAGGGAUUUCUAAUUUUUGGUGCUCUACUUUCAUCUUACCAAAGAGAGUCAUCAAAGAGGUGGAGAAAUUAUGCAGUUCUUUCCUCUGGAAUGGAUCCGCUAAUAAUGCGAAGGGAGCAAAGGUAAAUUGGCCUUCUGUUUGUUAUCCGAAACAAGAAGGUGGGCUAGGGAUCAAAAGUUUGGUUCAGUGGAAUAAGGCCUGUAUUUUGCGUUUCAUUUGGAUGCUAUUUACCAAAGCAGGUUCUAUUUGGGUUGCUUGGGUUCAUGCUUACUUUUUAAAAGGCAAAAGCUUUUGGUCAGUAAAAAUCCCAAAUGAUGCAUCCUGGGGGUGGAGAAAAUUGCUUAAACUCAGACCACAAGCCAAGAAACUUAUGCUGCAUUCACUUGGUGAUGGGGAGGAUACCUUUCUUUGGUUAGAUCAUUGGCACCCUUCAGGUCCCUUAAUAGAUGUAUAUGGUGAUAGCGUCAUGAAGAGUUCAGGACUGCCAUACAAUGCAAAGGUAUCAACUGUUGUGCAAGGAAAUUACUGGAAUUGGCCUUUAGCUCGAUCCCAACAGCUUGUUCAGAUCCAAAUGGCCCUUUUUGAUAAGCUCUACCCAAAGGAAGGGGUAAAGGAUUCUAUAAUCUGGUUACCGUCUAGAUCAGGCACUUUCAAUACAGGAAGUACAUGGCAUUGGCUACGGGAAAGACAGGACAAAGUCCCAUGGCAUAGACUGGUUUGGUUCUCACAAUCAAUCCCUAAACACAGCUUCAUUAGUUGGUUGGCAAUACAUGAUAGAUUGACUACAAGAGCUAGGCAAAAGAAAUGGGCAGCCAACAUAAAUGAUACAUGUCUAUUUUGCAAUUCUGAGGCAGAAACAAGUGCACACCUCUUUUUUAAGUGCAGCUACACAAAGCAAGUUUGGCACAAAUUAUGUGAAAUGGUAGGAAUUCCUUUCACUGAUACAUGGCAAGAAUUAUUAGCAUGGAUGGGGAAGAAAGUUAGAAGGAAGUCACUAUACACUAUUCUCAUUAAGUUGUCAUGGACUACAGCAGUUUCCCAUAUUUGGAGAGAAAGGAAUAGGCGAGUUCAUCAACAAAGCUUUCAUUCAAUGGAAAAAAUUGUUCAAGAUAUUCAGUUUGAUGUCAGGAAUAAAAUUUUAGGCUUUGCUAAGCCUAAAACUUCCCCUUUGUCCAUGGAUAUUGCAAAAAGAUGCGGGAUUGAGGCUGUUGUAAAGAGUUGAGUGCAACAGAGUUGUGCUGAGUAUUAUUUGAUUGAUUGUAGCAGCAAAUUGCUGCUCAUGUAUAUUACAGUUACUGGAUAAAUAAAAAUUUCACAUUUUA